UGAUAUACCUCAUUUAACAAGCUAAAAACCUAACCCUAGUCCUUCCUUUCAUUUUGUGGCCUCCACUUCUCUCUCAACUUCAACCUUCAUCCUCCUCUUCGUUCAUUCUGGAAAUCAAGCAAAACAUAAAGAGAGAAAGGACACAACUCAUUUUCACUCGCCUUCUUCAUCUGCCUGCGCUAGACUACUAUAUUCCCAUCUACCGAAAAUGAAGAUAAUGGAAGGAUGCUUCUAAUCUGCUUCUUAUCCUCUCGUCAACGGCGACAAUAACGAGAGAAUCACAAAUCAUGUAGGCUUUUUGAGGCAUGCAUGUUGAUAUUUUUUGUUAGAUUUUGAUUUGGGUAAAAUUCUGGGUUCUUAGCCCUUCUAAUUUUUUGGUUUUUGUCUGGAUCGAGGGAAGGGAGAAGAAAGAGGGUCACCGACCGACGAGAACUUUGCUGGAGACAAACACGGUGGUGGUUCUGCGUGUAUCGGCGGUGAAGGUCAAAUAUUGCCUCAACAGAUCGCGAUUUUUUUCUGCAUAAUUCGUGCUCUGAUAAAAUUAAAUCCGCAAAUUUUGUGUGCUUUCCCUGCAAUCCGCACUUUUGCGCUCUGAAGCGGGAGCGUGGGCCCAGGCCCACGAAUUAUGUGAUCUAAGUUCAAAUAAUGUUGGCCCGAUGUCACCACGUGCGUAUCCGCAGCAAAUUCCGCCUUCUGUGAACAUGCAAGGUGUGGAUCCUGGUGAAUUCAUACCACUUGAGGGGCAAGGAGGGGAGCAUGAGAUCCCACCGCAUGGAAGAUUGAAGGAGAAACAACAUCGUCAAUGGCAAAGAAGUUUGCCACAUCCAUCAUGUUAUAGAAAAAAAUCAGAUGAGGGUUGCCACAAAUUCUCCUCAAUAUGGAGGUGGUGACUGUACAUGGGCAUCGGGUCGGGCCACCCAUGGGCUAUCACGGCAGACACCAUUAGAGCACGACACGAGCACAGGCACGAAAUAUAUGGGCCAGCCCGGCACGAGCACGGAUAAUUUAUGGGUCGUGUCGGGCCUAAAUUUAAUGAGCACGGGCAUGACACGAUAUAUAAGUGGGUCGUGUCGGGUCUAAUAUUUUCGAGAUUUUAUUGAGUAUAAGAACAGACAUUGCAUGAAAAUAAUAUUUAUUUAAUAGAAAAUAAAUAUAAGGAACUAUAGGUUCAAAUAUUACAAAAUACAAGUAAAAAUAUAAUUAUUUGUUGUUUUUAGAUGUGUCAUAAAGAUACAUACGUAAUUACUACCUUAAGUAAAAACGGACGAAGAAUUAAACGAAGCCAAAUCACAUCCGCUAUACUUCCAAUUUUCUUUUUGCCCUUAUUUGUUACUUUUCUUAAACAUUCUCGGUUAAUACUAUCUUUCUCCGCCCAUUUUUCUCCUUCUUUUUCAUUCUCUUUUUUAUUUUCUUCCUUUUCAUUAAAGAUGUAUACGAUCACGACAAGAGCAUGAAUAGGCACGACACGAUUCGAACCAUGCCCGAGCCUGGGCCAGGCCUAGCAAUGUUGACAAAUGGACUUGCAUGACACAACACGAAAACUAACGGGUCGUGCCAAGCACGACACGAAAUAAAAUGGGCUUGAAGCAUGCCCGUGUCGAUCCAAGCACGGCCCAUUGCCCAUGUACAAUGGUGACCAUGAAAAAAACCAAUGUUGCGAAAGAUGGCAUAACUCAGUAUAAUCCUCCAUGCAAAGGAUCCCUAAAGACUCCUCUACUGAGUGGACAGGGGCAAGCCCGAUCAAACCCGACAUGGAGUUGCCACACCAGUGCUGGCUGGGAACAAGUCUGUCAUGAAUGGUGGACAUGAGGGCAACACCAAUGCCCACACAUGUGUUGGUGGAGCUCGCAAACCUCGGUGCUCACACUCUUAACGCCAGGAGAGUGUGCAAUCGACGAAAAACAAAAUUGUGGACAAGUGAUGCCACAUGGUCGAUUUGACCAGACAAAGGUGCCAAAAAACGUGAAUACCUUGUCUAGAGCCAAGAACUCUUAUGGUUUUUGCGAGGCUUAGAUGAAGCUAAAUCAGGCUCGCAGAGUUUUGAACAAAGAUGUUCAAGCUGGACGAAAUGGAGAGUUGCAAGUCAACAAUGACUCCAAAACAUCAAAACCAACAUGUGUGAAGCCAACUAUGAUGAGUCAUUGCAUUCACGCAUGGUUUGUUUGGUUUGAUCUUUGGAGUUGGCAAUGGGUAUGGACCUUCGGCAUGAUGGUUUAUGCCAAAGGAAAAGGUAGGCCACGUUGUUUGGCUAUUUAAGGACUAAUUGAUUUCCUUGGCUUUCUCAUAAGCCUAAUACAAAAAAAUAUAUUAUUUUGGCCGAGUAAGAGUUGGAAAUGAGAUAAAUUACUGUCAUGUGCAACUUGGCCAUGAAAGAAGGGGACUCUUCAAGUGAUCGGGGGUUGUGCAGGCCACUGGUUGAUUUGUGUGGUUUGGUCUAUGGAGCAAUUGGUGUCAACAACUUAGUUCAUAAUUUCUUAUGAACUAAAUUGUAGGGGGCAUUUGUUUACACCAAAAUAAUUUUCAUUAAUUAUCACAUGUAUGAACAUGUUGGCCACUUUAAGUAGUUAUUUCAUGUGUACAUGUAUGAUUCAUUUAUCUAGUCGGGUCAUAGGUUUGAUGGAUGGUAGUGUCCAACAUCAUGGAUACCAUCCAAGUCCCAUUAUGGAUGGUAGUGUCCAACAUCAUAGAUACCAUCUAAAUUCCAUAAUGGAUGGUAGUGUCCAACAUCAUGAAUACCAUCCAAAUUCCAUAAUAGAUGGUAGUGUCCAACAUCAUGGAUACCAUCCAAUUCCCAAUAUGGAUGGUAGUGUCCAGCAUCAUGGACACCAUCCAAACCCUAUGAUGGAUGGUAUCAUCCAAGAUCAGGGACACCAUCCGAAAUAUAAUGGACAACAUCCAAACUCAAAGUGGAUGAGGUCAUCCAACAACAUGGACACCAUCCAAGUUAUUUGGUGUAUGGUGACUAUAUAGAUAUAAUUGUUCAUCCAUGGUACAUAGAGUUGAUUGUCCAUGGACAUGAUGAUGUGUCAUAGGUGGUUAUCAAAAGUAGUAGCUGACUUGCAAAUGACGCUCGGAGGAGUUACUGGAUUCUAAGUGGAGCUAAUUUUCGGGAAGAGAGAGAGAAUGCGGUUAGAGGACGAGGCACAACAAAACUCGCAGCAAGACUCUGAAGGAUGGACAGACAAAUAAAACCACAACAAGUCUCGUCAUAUUUUAUCUUUCUCUCUCUAGAAUUGUAGUCGUAGUAGUAGCACCAAGGACCCUCCAACGAGGCUUCUCUGUUAGUUGUAGUUAGUAGUUAUGGAGCUCUCAGGGAAUCUCCAUAGGAGUAGAGGUAACAGUAACUAGAUCCUUUGAUGUAUGCAUCGAACACCAUCGUUCAAACAGUGUUUGAAGAGGUGUAACCGAGUAACAUCUUUUUUUGUUUUCUUAAAGUCAGGGUGCAUUAAUCACGCGAAAUUCCACCUAAAACACCACUGCAACUACCUCACUCUCUUUCAGCUACGUGGGUAUUGUUGAUUGAUAAUUUAUUCCACUGUUAUCGGAGUUGGCCGUAGAAUACAGAUGCUCAUCCUGUGCCAGGCGAAUCCCUAGAGCUCUCAGGCUUGUUUGUCUUCACUUGCUAGCUGACAGGCCAGUAGCUUGUUGGCACGUGUUGCAUGUCAUCGAGAGAUUUUACGCGAGCGUGCAGAAAAAAUAUGGAUUUAUUAGCUAGAAACAAAGCCCAAUAAUCACCCCCUUCCCUGCCCCCAGAUCGCUCCUUCCCAAUCAUCCUCCAGCCACUUGGUAGCCUCCACCAGAUGACUAUUUGAAGAUCAACUUUGAAGCAACUGUCUGUGACUCAAGGUGCUCGUUUGGUCUCGCUGUCCGUGGGUCAGAUGAGCAUGUGGUGUUGGCAAAGCUCCUAUUAGUAAAAGAUGUUAUCAUCUUCGUCGCCUCAAGAUCCUUGACUCACGUGAUAGUGAAAGGUGGUCCCGAGGUGGUCAACUAGUUCAUCAAGGUGUCCUAGAAGAUUCUUUUGGAGGCCCGGUGCUCCGGGAGUGUCAUCAGAUCCUAGACUCUUUGCCGGUUUGUAUAGAGUUUAGCGUGGUUCAUAGAGACGCCAACAGUGUUGCCCAUAGAGUGGCGCGUAAAGCACUGGUGUUGUCUCUCCUAGAGUUAAGAGUCUUUUGACUUUAUUGGGGGGCUUCACUAGGGUAUCACUUGGAGGGUUUUCAUCAAUUUCACAUAACAUAAAUCGUCCGGUCCUAUUUCAAACAAAAGAAGCAAAGAAGGGAAAUCUUCGUAAAGACAGCAAGGGGUGUCACCUUCGAAUUGAGUAGUGAGCCUUCUUGGAUGGGCCGGCUUCCUCUGUCCUGGUCUCUACUUCCUCAAUCAUAGCAUUGACCGACUUAGAUGCAUCGAUCUUUCUCUCUUGUCCGAUCUUUUUUCUUCCUUGCUGCUGACGUCUCUACUUUCUAAGACCAGACGUCGAUAAGGCUAGCAGGAAUUCGAUCAAUCGCUAUCAAUGCCAGAACCCUGGGGAUUACGAAAUAACGAAAAAGUGAAAGAGGAUAUGUUCGAACCGGACCGCAUUUCGAUUUGCACGUGGAAAAUCCGCUGGUGGACCCCCUUUCUUUCCUUCCUUUGUGGUGGAUCGACGAGAGUGCUAUAUUCAGGAGUGUGGUUGGUGUCACCUCCCGUGCGCUAGCUGUGCCUUUGCCGGAUGUUUAUUCGCCCACUCCUUCACAGAGCGAUGACUAACAGCCGAUAAUUAUGUAAGUAAAGCCUGAAAGUAGCGCUUGGCUUGAUUUCUUGAUAUCACUCGGAAAGGAUGAGAUUAGAUGCUAACUGAUUAAAGGGUUAGCACGGUACUAACCAAUUCUCUAAUCAUUGGAUUAAAAUAUCAAUAUAAGAGUCAAAAUUAA